UUCACCAAUGGCUGCGAUUUGCAAACACCAGGACACCAGCAGUUAGUAGCCCUCAUUAGGGACCUUCAUCUGAGCAUCAUGGCAUCCUUAGAUGAAGAGUUGACCUGCUCUGUGUGUCGAGACAGCUUCAGCCAGGCCCAUCCUUUGCCAUGUGGUCACAGCUUCUGUCCUGCCUGUAUCCGUGAGGCUUGGAGUAGCAAGGAGGAAGGAAAAGGCCGCUUUACCUGCCCACAAUGUCAGGAGGAACAUGGUGAAGUGCUGUGUGACUGCUGCCCUCCCGAAACAAAAGAUGGACGGCCACCACUAGCUGUCAAGACCUGCCUCAGGUGUGAGGUGUCUUUGUGUGCCAGCCACCUCCAGCCCCAUCUGGAGAGACCAGCUUUUAGCACCCACCUGCUGGUGGAUCCACUCGGGGAUCUAUCCCAGCGAAGGUGUCCAACACACUUAGAGGUUUUCCGCUACUACUGUGUGGAUGAGAGAGUAUAUUUGUGUGGUGACUGUUUGCUGGAAGGAGACCACGCUCAGCACAAAGUGAAGGCGCUCAGACAAGUUGAAGAGGAUUUGAAGGUUAUUCUCCAGACACUGCUCAUCAAAGCAGAGAAGAAACUGAAAGAUGGGGAACAAAUUCUCAAAGAGCACGAGAACAUAGAUUCCACCAUGGCUGACUCUCUGAAGCAGGACGAAAAUCAGGUGGGGAGGCUGGACUCAGACCUGCAGGUCCAGGUGAAGAAGCUGGUGGUUUCUCUGAGGGACAUCACCAAGAGGGAGAGACAGCAGGUCAUAGAGCGUGUGCACCAAGACUGUGCAAAAGUGAAAGAUGACAUGAGCCAGACAGCGAACAUCCAGCACUACCUCACCAUGCUGCUUGCAGAGACUGAUCCCUUCCUGCUCAUCUGGGCCUUUCAAUCAGAUGACACGAAGUUAUUAGCCGACCUGAACUGCCCACUUUUCACCCCUGACCCCAUCAGUCUGGACAGGAAACACAUUCUAGAAGACAUAGAAAGCAAAUAUCGGGAGUUUAUCACCGCCACCCUCCGAUGCCUCAGUGAACUCAAGAGGGAGCUCUUAACCAGUCCUUUAAGUCUGGACACAAACACGGCCCAUCCUCUGCUGAGCAUCUCUGAUGACCUGCGCUCAGUUUCGCGUGUUAAAAGUCGCCUGCCCUGCGCUUCUCAUCCCGAGCGUUUUGACCACUGGCCACAGGUCCUCACGGUUCAGACCUUCUCCUCUGGGACUCAUUACUGGGAGCUGGUGGCUGAGGGAUUCUGGGAUGUUGCCAUCUGCUAUCGAAGCAUUGGACGGAAGGGGAAAGAAGCUAAUGCCUUCGGGAACAAUAAGGUGUCAUGGAGUUUGACACAGCAACACGACAAGAAGCUUGCAGCCUGGCACAACCGCAGGAAGACUCGUCUCACAUAUCAAAUGGUCGGCAACCGAGUUGCAGUUGCUGUGGACUACAGUGCAGGCACUAUCACCUUCUCAGAGGUGGGAUCAUCCAACAAUCUGAUCCACCUUCACACUUUCUCAGCGACCUUCACUCAGCCAGUGUGCUUGGGCUUUGGACUCUACAAAGCUGAGCUUAACAGUCGCAUCUCUAUUGUCAAAGUCUGAGGCUUCAGAAAGGACGACCUGGGGAACAGCUCGGUUGGUUUCUUUGACUUGAACAAAACCACGAAGACUUGUGCCGGAUCCUUUCCCAGGAGCUUUGCUCUAAGACUGAGCUUGACUUCUUCUCUUCCUCCUAGAAAAACAGGAAAAACUGUGUCUCCCAGAACUGUGAGCAUGUGUUAUGGACAUGGGAAUUAUUUCCAGAAAGGACCUCAAAGUAUUUGCAUGUUCAGAGUUGCAGUGACUCAUUUCUUAAAACAAAAAAUAAUAGUAUUGGAACAUUAUUUCAACACAUGCAUUCCUAUUCCAUAAUGCUCACAAAAUAAGUUGAUAAGAAAAGUUGCAAAUCUUUCAAAUAAACUCUUUUCGUUUUUUAUUUAUUAUUAUUUUUUUUUUAGUUCUUUUGUGAGCACCUUAGUUCUGGUGGUAGGUGGACCCUCGGGCUGUUAUGUGUUUAUGCUCAUAAAGAAAACAUUACCUUUAUGGGGGAACUGGUGCCUGUGAUCUGUUAAACAAUCUUUAAAUUAGCUAUAAACUCUUAUAAAAGAGGCUACAUGGCUACAUAAAGCACAGAUAUAAAGUUAAGUGGGUGCACAAGCAGCAAGCUGGAGCGUUUGGGUCUUUUUUAACUCUUUAAAAAAUCUUAUGUAACUCCUUUUUAAAAACUCUUUGUUUGAACACAAACGAGAGAAUCUGUGUUUUCACUGGAAAUUACAGAAGAAAGGGAAACGACUGCCACUCACUCACUAACUUUGCUCUUUGAAGCUGCUCACAUACCCAAUUAUUUUUCUUUAUUUCACUGUAAAGGUGAGUGGGUGGAAGCAACGUAGAGGGUGAGAAAGAAGCAGACAGAGUGAGGAUGGGGGGGUUGGCUGAGAACGAGGACACAGAGAGACAGAGACGCAAAAAGAUCAGAGCGUAUUCUGGAUUGGUUGUGAUCAGCUCCACUCCUGUGCUGUAAGAUACUGUGACAGAAGAGCUUGAGGACGGAUUUGUUUUAGCUUCUUUCGGUUCUUCAUCUGCUGGCAGAAACAACUGUGUUCACCUGAUAUGACAUACAAGAUUGUUCAAGUGGAAACAGCUCCAUCCCUGCAUUCGUCUUGUAUUGUGCUGAGGAAAUCAACUUGCAAAAAACAAGAUUUUUUUUCUCUUUGUGAUUGUCAGUCUGGACCCUGCUGACCCAGCACAUACAGGAGGUUUGGGAUUUGUAGGGGCAAACGAAAAAGCUUCUGACUGGCAGCUAUGACCUCUGAACCCUUCUGAGUUUCAUCUCCACCAUCUGCUGGCUCUGUUGCUUUACUUAAACCUGCCUACAGGUUUAAUCAAGAACAGUUUUCUCUCUCUUCUGAUUCUUUCUAACUGAGAAAGGCUGAGGGAUUUCCAGAAGGGCAGUCUCUUUAACUAUAGCAUGCGUAUUUACACUUCAAAUUGCCCAGAGUGACACUUGUUAACAGCAUUAUCAAACAGAGAUAUAUCCCAACAAACAUCCAAGGUUCAGGCAUGCA